AAGAACUGGCGGGGACAGAACAAUGGAGAAAGGUACUGAGCUCUUACAUGGACAUUUUCAUUAUAAACCUCUUCCAUACGGCGGAGUUGAUGGAACCAAAGUUGUUUGUAUCCACUGCAAAGGCGUAUUUUCUUAUCACCGGAGUACUUCGAGUCUGAAGUAUCACUUAAAUGCAAUACACAGCGUUGAUUACAGCAAAUCACCCACCAUUACAAACAGUGGAGAGAGCCUUCUGCUGACUGCGUGUGGAAGAAGUACAACGUUAGAUAAACAAAAGCAAGACGAGCUAACAAAUGCCAUAACGAAGUGGAUAGCUACAAACUGCAGGCCGAUUAGUAUUGUGGAAGAUGUCGGUCUGAGGAACAUGCUUAGGAUCGCGACGAGUGACGACAAGUAUAAGCCUCCCUCAAGACGCACCGUCACAAGAAGAAUACACGAGUUGUAUGAAGUCGAGAGGACUAUAAAAGCAAUGGCGUUACAACGUGCACCAGCUGUUGCUCUCACUGGAGACUACUGGACAUCGCUGGGUAACCAUAAUCACCUCGGAGUUACAGUGCAUUACAUCGAUGAACAGUGGGAGCUGCAGUCACAUGCUCUGACUGUGAUGAAAACAGAAGACGGCCAUUUUGCAGAAACGUGCGCGGAACAUUUUAUUCAUGUUGCACAGCAGUGGAACGUUUCAGACAAAGUCAGCACACUGAGCACAGACAGUGCAAGAAAUAUGAUCGCGGGUGCGAGACAUCUGCCCUUUGAACACGUGCCCUGCGUCGCGCACAGUCUCCAGCGUUCCGUCACAGUGUCUCUGCUGAACAGUGCGUUUGACGAUGUCCUGGCCAAGUGCAGAGAAGUUGUGGGCCACUUCAAACGCAGUCCGGCAAGUGCUGCAGAAUUGGAACAUCAACAAAUUGAACACGGACAAAAGAAGGAGUCGCUCGUACAAGACAUUCCAACCAGAUGGAAUUCCACUCUGGACAUGAUAAAAAGCGUCCGCAGAAACGAACAGCCACUGAGGGAUGUCCUCACCACACAGGACACCGAGAUUGCCAUGCCGACUACAGCUGAAAUGGACAAUCUGCAGAGGUUGGAAACGCUACUGGAGCACUGCAGGGAUGUGACUGAACUUCUGGGAGGAGAAAAGUAUGUUUCAUGCUCUGUGGUUCUGCCUGCUUUUUGCCAUCUCUCUCGGGUGAUGGAGAGCUCAGAUGAUGACCCUGCCUACGUGGUCAAAUUCAAGUCUACAUUCAGAACAGACCUGAAGACACGUGAGGAAAAUGCCAACAUUGCAUAUCUGAAGAUUGCUACCGCAUUGGACCCGAGAUUCAAGGACCUCAAGUGUGUACCCAGAGCCGAGAGGGCUGAGGUGUGGGCCUCAGUUACCAACUUAGUCAAGGAACAGAGGGUUGUUGCAGAGCAACCUGUGGAAGCAACCACGUCUGAGCCGCCAAAGAAAAAGAUAGCCCUGUUGGCUGCUUCAUCAGAGUCUGAUUCUGAACAGGAGGAAGACUCGGUUGAGAACGGUGUGCGUCGAUACAGAGCGGAGCCCACCAUCAGUACAGAGGCCUGUCCGUUAGAGUGGUGGUCCAAACAUGCAGGCUCACACUGCAGGCUGGCCUCCAUUGCACAGAAGUACUUGGCCACACCUGCAACAUCCGUACCCUGUGAAAGGUUGUUUUCUCUUGCCGGUCAUAUUGUACAGAAGAAGAGAGUUUCUUUAUCAUCUGAAAAUGUAAAUGACCUCGUGUGUCUUAGCAGCUGGCUUGGUGCAGAAGAGUGAGAAAAUGUGAAGUCGGAGGAAUGAAUGCAGUUAAUUUUGUCAUUCUGUAACUACUCAACCUGCAUCACUGAAAGUGUUUUUUUGUUGUUGUUUUUUUUGACUGAGAUUCUCCAAAGGAAAUCCAGUACAAACAUGGACCCAGCUGUGUACAUUUUUUUUUUUUUUUUUUUUUUUUUUUUUUGUGCUCGACCACUUCACCUCACUCUAUCUAACAGGGACACUUGCUACUGAACAUGGACUGUUUCUGCUGCUCCCUGAUAAAAGAAACAUGUUUCUGCUGCUCCCUGUUCAGAAAAGAAAACAGAUUUAUAAAUGUUAACUUGCUGUUGCUCAGACGGUGCCGAGUUGUUUUUCUAUAACAAACUAGAUAAAACAUUAAUAUCCUGGCAGUGGCAAGUAUCUUUGUUUUUAUAUUUAAUUUGAUUACAUUCAUGUUUUGAGAUUUACAAGAAAUAUUUGAACUGCUUCUGUGUAAAGGGAACACUGUUAAAAAGCACCGUAUUUGUUCAAUUAAAAUGUUUGCAAACCAAAUGUUGUUGUACUUUUGAUCAUAUAGCA